AUGAAUAGAUAUGGAUUGAUCAGUGAUACGUCCAUACGAAGUUUUGGGUCAAAAGUGCCGAGGAACUUUAUAAUUCAUAGAUUUCAAUCAAACUCAUCAUCAUCAGCCUCAAAUUCAACCACCAACCCAACCACUACACAAUUAAUUAAAAAAACUCCCAUCAUAGAUAAAAAUUCAAUUUAUGUUAUUUCAAUACCAAUAACAACUCAAAGAUCAUUUAUAUAUUGUAAUCAUAGACCAGAUUUAUUAAAUAAAACUCAAUAUAAAAGAAUACCAUUUAUAAUAAAAUUUGAAACAAAAAUCAUAAAUUUAGCAACAAAAGCAUGGAAUAAAUUAAUUACAUCAAAACUGAAAAUUAAUAUUAAAAUUACUGAAUUUAUAAUGAAAUUAUUAUCAACCAUACCUUAUCAGGAAAAUUGUUUAAGAUCAUUUCCGAGUAAAGAUGCAAUGAUUAGAGAAAUUAAUGAAGAAAGUUUACAUUUAAUAAAACCUAUUGAAAAAGAAGAAAAUGAAGAGACUACUGAAGAUGGGAAUGAAAAACCCAAACCUGUAAAAGAUACAAUUGUUUUACAAUCAGAUAUAACGAAUUUAAAUAUUCCAAAUGAUCAAUUAAAGCCAAUACCAUUAUAUCAUCCAAAACUUCAAAAUCCAACAACUAUACUUAAUGAAUUAUAUAAAUUUAGGAAAGAUAAUGAAGAAAUUCAUAAAAAGAAUGCGUGGUUAUGUGGUAUUGCAAUACCAUUAUGUUUACCAUUAGCUUUAAUUCCCGUAUUACCAAAUGUUCCUGGAUUUUAUUUUACUUAUAGAUUAUAUUGUAAUUAUAAAGCUUUAAUGGGUAUAAAACAUUUAGAUUAUUUAUUAGAAACUAAUAUUCCUCAACAAGAUUAUUAUCCAACAACACAAGAAACAGUUAAUAAAACUAAACAUAUAAAUUUUAAAUCUAUUGAAGAAAUAGAUAAAAUUUAUAGAUUUUAUAAUCCUGAAAUUGAAUUAAAUUUAAAUAAUGACAUCAAUGAAGAAGUGAUAAUAAAUCCUGAAAUUAUUGAUGGUCUAGUUAAAGAAUUUGAUUUAGAAACAAGUUUAAAAGAUGAGUUACUAAAAGCUUUAAAACAAGAAAAGAAAAGAUUGAAAAAAGAGCAUAAAGUAGAUGAUCAAGUUAAUUGA